AUGGGGCCGGUGCAUGGCGAACAGAACGGUUCAUCAAGCCAUUUAUCGCCUCAAACCCCUAAACUAAAUAGGAAGAGAGCUUUGUUAGUAGUGGUCGUGCCCGCUUUCCCAUCGCUAGAGCCUUUUCCCAGUGCGCGGAGACCCAACGAGGAGGGUGGCGGGAAGAAGAUAAGAAAACGCGAAGCGUUCUAUUGGUUUCCCAACUUGUUGCUUCUAAAGGCUGCCCUCUCUCGGCUGGAUGUUUGUCCAGCCUACUACGAGGAUCCCGCCUUUCCUUCACGGGCUUACUUAGUGCUUGUGCUAAGGAGCAAUAAAACGGAUGCGCUAAGGUUGACGCUCGACCCAAACAAGCAACGGCGAGCCCCUAUCAGAGAAAGCCUUGGUCAAGCGCGCUAG